AUGAGAGUAAGGAAGGAUCGUAUCGGGAUCAAGGUGGAGGAGGCCCGCGAGGACGGUAAUCGCCUUCGGGCUGAAAGUGAUGCCAAAGAUCAUCCAUGUAGUUGUUGGUGCGAGCUUGCUGUUCCUCGAUGUGCCAAAUGGUUGCUGUAUUUCGGUUGCCCUGGAGGCGCAAGGCAACAAGCUGACUAUAUAUAUCAAGAGGAAACUUGGGUUCGGGCUCGGGCUCGUUGUGUUGUUGAUAGGACUGGUACUCAUGUUGUGGCUCGAAGUGUGCUCACGAAGGCUGAGCAUAAGAUGGUGGCCGCAGUUGUCGGAGUGGGAGGUCAUAUUGGUCUUCAGCCUCAAAUGGGCUAUCAACAUGGCCAGUGUCUACCUGCAUGUCGUCAUCAUCUCCUGCAUCAUUAUCAUGUAACUCUUCAGGAAAGAACCAAGUUUCAGGGUUGCUGGUGGUAA